GGGGCGCGGGCGCGCGGUGCUCGGUGCGCGCCGCCGCCCCUCCGGCCCAGCUUGCCGGCCCGCUCUUCCGACCCCCUAGGCAAGUGAGACGCUGGAGCUGAGGAGGCACCAUGGCAGGCCUCAGGACGCCUCUCUCUUCAGUGUUUCUGGAGGCCAAGAAUGCCCACUCGGUCCUGAAACGGUUCCCUCGUGCCAAUGAGUUCCUGGAGGAGCUGCGCCAGGGCACCAUCGAGCGCGAGUGCAUGGAAGAGAUCUGCAGCUACGAGGAGGUCAAGGAGGUGUUCGAGAACAAAGAGAAAACGAUGGAGUUCUGGAAGGGGUACCCAAAUGCAGUGUACUCGGUCCGAGACCCCUCGCAGAGCUCCGACGCUAUGUAUGUGGUGGUGCCCCUUCUGGGGGUGGCAUUGCUGAUUGUCAUCGCCUUGUUCAUCAUCUGGAGGUGCCAGCUGCAGAAAGCAACCCGUCAUCACCCCUCCUACGCUCAGAACCGGUACCUUGCCAGUCGCGCCGGGCACAGCCUCCCCCGGGUCAUGGUGUACCGGGGCACCAUGCAUAGCCAGGGAGAGUCCUCUGGGCACCGUGAGGCAGGGGUUACCCCCCAAGUGGUGCUGGGGCCCAGUCGGGGGGGCAGAACCACGGUGCGACUUGAGAGUACCCUCUACCUCCCCGAGCUCUCUCUUUCCAGACUGUCCAGUGCCACCCCUCCCCCCUCUUAUGAGGAGGUGACUGCGCCUCAGGAGAGUAGCAGUGAGGAGGCAAGUGUCUCUUACAGUGACCCACCCCCAAAGUAUGAGGAGAUAGUGGCCGCCAACCCCGGCUCCAACAAGUAGUGGGAGGCGUGUCCUGUCCCAUGUGAACGCCUCUUUCAGAGGCCUCCUAUUUUCUUUUUAACUUUCUAAAGACUGUGCCACCACAAAACAGCCUUAGCCUCCUUGUUGCCAAAUAAUUCCCUAACCGUGGAUUUUUAGGGAGUCAGUCAUCAGAGACAGGUGGGGAGGGUGGGGGUAAGGAGCUUGCAUGAGUCCAACCCCCCUGGGAAGAGCUCCAGACCAGAGAUCCCAGCUCUUCCCGAACCCCCUUGAGCCCCCACCAUCCUGUCCCCCCUGUCAGGGACUGGCUUCUCUUAUGCCAAAGGAAUCAUCCAGUUGAGUUGAUUGUGGCCAGAAGGCCCAGAGGCUUGGAGCCUGGGGCCGCGGGGCUGACUGGAGACCUGUCUGUGUCUGGAGCCCCAGGCCACGAGGUCAGGGAAAGAAGCAAGUCCUUUUCCUCAACAGCUCUGUGCUUUCUGUCCUGCCUUACACUGUGAGGACAGGGGCAAGUGUGAAGCAACAAACAAAACAAAGAAGUAAUAACAAGUAAAUGAAUAAUGAACACGCUAAAAUGAAACAACAGAAUCUGGGCCAUUCCUAGGAGGCCAAGGGAAAUCAAUCGUAAGGACCUGUGGCACGCCCCUCCUCUGGCACACACCCUCGCAGUCCUGCCCAGGUUGAAAGGAAUGUCUAGAGCAGCCUGGCAGGAGGACAGGGUGUGUACAGGAUGAGGAGCAGGGGGCUGGGGGCAGAGUUACCUCCUCCAGAUUGACCAAGGGACCUGCAUGAACUUUGCCAUCCUGUCUCUAGUGUGCUUGGCUUCCCCCAGACCUUGGCUCUCCAGACAUGUGUACCAGCUGUGCUAAAACCACUACCCACUGGCACGAGCCCACUCACAGCCCUGGAGCACUCUCUCGUGGGGAAAACUGAUGCUCCUGACCCUGCCCAAGGAGCACAUCACCUCCAGAUGGUUGGGGUACAGGCUGGGGCAGAGAGCUGAAGUUUUCUCUUUGUGAGGUUGAUUGAUCCAUAGGACAAUUAAACCCAUGAGCUUGGCCUCCUGGACACUGUGCUAUCUGGUUUUGAACGUUUAGGAUACUUCCUUUUUUGUGAAUAGGUGCAUUGAACUUGAACUGUAGAUCGGUGAUUUCUCUUUAAUGAUGGUGCCCACCUGGGGAGAAGAUCCUAAAGUGUCCCUUUUAAAAAAUUUCCUUGUGGGUGAGCCCAUGACCUGGGGUCAAAGGCCCUUCCGGGGCUUGCUCUGCCAUUGCCAGGUGCUGGUCAGUUUUUAGUGAGGCUUCGGACAGCAGUGGGGCAGAGGUGACCUGCCCUUUAACUGUCAGUGACCACGCGGAAGAUGCUGUUGACACCACCUCCCCCCACCCCCAUCUCCAUUCUCCUGGUCUUGGCACCAAACCAUUUUUCCUCUGUGGUGCUUUAAAAAAUGUAGCAAUUUUUUGUGGGGCCCAAAAGAGUGCACGGCCCGGAUCUAUUGGCAACCACAGUAAUUUAAAACCCACGGAGUCGACAAGCUUCUUCUGUCUAAACAACGCUCCAAGGCAGACAUUGACACUCAUUCUUUGAAUGCAACCCUGCCUGGAGGCUACAGAUGACUUCUAGAGGCCCCUCCAGUCCUGGGACUUGCCACAGAACGUGGUUGAAGUCAGGAGACCUAUGUUCUUACCCCAGUGCGGCCAGGGCUUGGACAGCUUGACCUUGUGGCUGGGGCUUCUCACUCUUCCCCCCACCUCACACACCCAUUGGAGGCAGACUGAGCUAACUGAGGCUGUGAAGUGCUUGAAGCACCAGGGAGCCAGUGAGCUUUGCCCUUAGGGAGAUUUUUCCAGAAAUGUGUGGGUUAUAAGGAAGCAGUCUUAGCUGAGUCUCCACCUGGGGAGAAUUUCCUGCCAGUUGACUCUCCCUGUCCCCGCCCCUGCCCCCCAGCACUCCCUGAUACCAGAGAUGCUGACCAAGUGGCGUUCCACCUUCCCUUCCUCCCUCCCGCCCCUGGGCCUCUACUUUGCACUCCUGGGCUUCCUCACAAAGGGAUUUGGGGCCCAAAAGGCUCCUGCUUUUUCCAUGAUGGAGGCUGGGCCUAAUCCCAGUCAGCCAUGUUGGAGGACCUGGGGGAACCUGAAGCUCUGGGGCCAGCCCCGGCUAUCCCAGUAUUUUCUCAAGCAGGUGCCCAAGUGUGAUGUGGGAGCACAUGAAAAGCUACUUCCCCCAGUUAGCAGAGAGCCAGGCAUGGGCCCCACCGAUCAGAGCCAAAGGGAGGGUGCCAGGAAAUGCCCUGUGUUGCUGGAAUCUGUUGAGCCCUUCCCUGCCCAGGUGCCCCAUAGCUCGAGACUGGGUGGUGAUGGGAGACAGCAAGAAGCAGAAUCCUGGGGAGUGGCCCCUGGAGGGCAGCAUGUGUCCUCAAGGGCUGGGGACAGGUGGCAGGAAAAGCCAGAGGCAGCCGCUUAAGGCCUGUGGUCUCUGGUUCAGGUGCUUCGCAGUGUUUUUCAAGGUGGGGUUGUGCCAUCCAUGGUCUCUGGGACGGUGUUCGCCGCAGACUGUAGAAAAAAGACUAUACAGUACCCAGUGGGCAUAACUCCCCGUGGUGCACAUUUGGCUUUUAUGAAUGCCCUGUACAUAUCUUUUCAAACUCUGUCUUUGUAUGGACGUUGAUUUGAUACAAUGCUAACUCUUUGGUAGCCACUCUAUUGUUUUUGGACGUGUGUGUACACACGUGUGCACAUUGCCUUUUCUCAUUGCUUAUCUGAAACAAUAGCCGGUGUGCAGCUAUAUUUGUACCAGGAGGGAUCCGGUCUGAAGGGAGGAAUGUCACCUCCCGGGGCUGGCAGCCUGAUGACAGGGCCCCAAGUGAGGAAAGCCAAGAUUAGCUGUGGGAGCCCCCCCAGCGUGGCCACCUUCUGCCCCCUCACAAAAGACUUUGGACGAAGACGAAGCAGUUCCAUCGUGUGAGCCUCCGCCCUGUGGGCCCCACUCGCACGCCCUUUUGGCACAGUGCCCCCGCCUCGGCUGUUUUGUGGUGUCAGCAGCUGAAGGAAAUCUGAGCCCUCCUGGGCAUUUUUUUUUUUUUUUUUUUUUUUUUUAAAGAUGUGUGUCUGUAGACUUUGGGAAUGGCGGGGCUAAUUAUUUAGAUAUUUUUCAUUUAAAAAAAAGAGAAAAGGCUUUAAAGAAUUCCUUGAAAUAUGACUGUCACUUGUUUUCAACCAAAAACUUUUUAAGACUUUUUAAAACAAAAAUCACAAUCUUGCCUCUCCCUGCUUCCCGUCGCCUCGGGUCUUCAGACAAAAGCACAAUAGCCAGAGUGGGACGCACAGCUGCCGGCAUGCACACCCCGCUUCCCUGCACAGCUGUGUUGUGCCCUGGCCGAGGGGCCUGCGAUGCCAAUCCCACUGCCACUAGUGUGAAUUCCUUAGGGUGCUUCGGAGAACAGGAAUCUGCCCCAUUGGUUGGACAUUGUCUUUUUGGUAGCCCGAAUAUGAGGAAUUUGGGACAGGGAAACGUCUUUUUGUUAAGUGGUUGGAGACAGAUGCUUCUCCUGUCCCAGUGAUUGGAGACUCCCAACCCUCAGCCAGAGUUCAUCUUCAGACAACCAAAUGGCAUCUCAUGUGAGGCAAAUAACACUGACACUGCCUCUAGAUUGUUCUUUUGUCCAAGAGAUAGAGAGAUCGUGGAGAGAGGCUCUCUCACUCAUCGAGUGUGUGUGUGUGUGUGUGUCCUGUGUCUCGUGUGUGUACACUCAUUUUCAAAGCUGCUGGUCCAGGCUGCUUUUCAGCUUGAGAAGUAAUGAAGCUCCAUUUUAGGGCUUUGCCCAUUGAAAAACAAGCACAUCCUUCCCACUGAACUCUACUAAUACUAAUCAGUAUAAUUAGCUAAUUUAAAAGUACUGUAAUUAGACUGCCUGCAUCUACAGUCAAAGCCCAUUCAUUUGAAGGCCACUAAUUGAGAACUUAGAGAAAACCACAACUUAAGAUAAUUCACAGUAGCUGCAAUUCUUGCUACAUAAAAAUAUUUUAAAUAUUCUUCCCUUUAGCCAAUUUUCAGGGGCUUCCGUGUAAGAGGAAUCCAGUUUAAAAUGAGUACCCUUUUCAAAGAAAAGGGCCAAGAUAUUAAGGAUCCCUUCACCGUGCCUUCAGCUUUGGGGUUCAGCAAUUCUCGUUGUGUCAGGCUCCUUCUGUGCGGGGGGUCUUUUGUUCUCUCUCCAUAUUCCUCCAUCUCUCUCUCCACAUCCAGGAUGUCGGGUAUUGCAGCCUUUCAUUCUACUCCUUUAUUUAUCCAACGAAUAACAAAGUUUGUGAACUAGACUACAAUUUAAACUAAUACAUGUAUGUAUCUUUGUAAAUAUCCUGUAAAGCGGAUGUUUUGCUAUCAGACUGGCCACUCCCACCAUUUGCCCCUAAAUGUUCAAACAUAGGGAGCUUUUCCUUUCACAGGCUGUGGGUGGCUAGUCUCUUCCUAGCAAGAAUUUCUCUGACAAAGAUAUUCAAACAGCACACCCCCUCGGGCUCAAAGCCUCAACAGUCCUUUCACUGUCCUGAUAUCUGACUGCUGAACGGUGCCUGCCCUUCCCCCGCCCCCAGCCGGGCAUUCAGGCAGACAUUCAGGACUGGGACAAACCAACCAGCUGCUUUUGCCUCCCAAUCGUCUCCCCUUACACAUGCCGCUUUCCCAGGCCCGAACACACCUGCUGUUUCACUCUGUAAUUGUGAAUUUGUGACAGUGGAAACCCUGAUAUGUGCAACUGAGCUUCUAGAAAUGAUUGUUGUGAACCGGAUUCAUUUUGGCACCACUUGAAACUGUGCUCGUCUUCAUGUGUUGACCCACAUCAGCUGGGCAAUCUGUACAUUCAGUACCACGUCGGGAUUUCACUGGAGCCUGGGGGCAACAGACACACUUGCUUCUGAUUUCUCUCUCUCUUUUUACAAUUGUUGAGUUUAGCUGUUAAAUUUUGUCUCUUUAUGUACAAGAAGAUAAUGAAUAAUAAUAAAGAGCAAAUGACAUCCA